UCGCUGCGGCGCCAUUUUCGUAUUUUGUAAACAUUAUUGCCACAAAAAACGUAAAUAAGUUAUUUGCACAAGACGACAAUGUCAGACACGGAGGAACCAAUGCAGACGGAUCCUGCUGUCCAGGUUGACUUGAACACAUCCAGACCAGAACAACCAAGGGAUCUCUUUGCUGAGUAUGCCCCGAUAGAAGUUGAACCACUGCCUGACAUAGGCACUGCAUUUGAAAAUAAUGGACCUCGCUUGAUGAUCACUCACAUUGUCAAUGAGAACUUUAAGUCAUAUGCUGGGAGCCAGACUUUAGGACCAUUUCAUAAGAGUUUCUCUGCCAUUGUUGGGCCAAAUGGAAGUGGCAAAUCGAACGUGAUCGACUCCAUGUUAUUUGUAUUUGGUUUCCGUGCCAACAAGAUCAGGUCCAAGAAGAUCAGUGUGUUGAUACACAACAGCCAGGAACACAAGAAUAUCAACUCUUGUUGUGUUUGUGUCUACUUCCAGAAAAUUGUUGAUACAGGGCCUGGUGAGGAUGAGUAUGAUGUCGUACCCGAUUCCAAGUUCCAUGUGUCGAGGACCGCUCACAAAGACAGCACUUCAUACUACUGUAUUGAUGGGAAGAGGGCAACAAUCAAAGAAGUUGGUCGACUCCUUCGAGGUCAGGGCAUUGAUCUUGAUCAUAAUAGGUUCUUGAUUCUUCAGGGAGAGGUUGAACAGAUUGCUAUGAUGAAACCGAAGGGGCAGACGGAGCACGACGAUGGCAUGCUGGAGUUCCUUGAGGACAUCAUUGGCAGUAACCGUUAUAAGGAACCCAUCGAAAGGCUCAACAAGAGGGUAGAAGAACUCAAUGAACUUAGAGCAGAAAAGUUGAAUCGAGUGAAAGCUGUUGAGAAAGAAAAAGACGAAUUAGAAGGUGCUAAGGACGAGGCGAUUGCCUUCCUGCAGAUCGAGAAUGCUAUUGCUAAACUCAAGUUUGAGAUGUACCUCUUCUACAUCUUCACGAAUGAGAGUAAUCAUGAGAAAGCUUCAAAGCAGCUGGAGGAGGAGAAGGAGAAGAAUAGUAAAGUGUUGGAGAAGAUGAAGGUCGUCACAGAUAACAAGAAGGAGAAGACCAAGGAACAUAAAAAGAUGUACAAGGCGUUACAACUCCUCCAGAACAAAUGUGAUGAGGCCAAAGCCAAGUUCUCUGAGAUUGAACAGCAGGAUGUGAAGUGUCGAGAAGAUCUGAAACAUGCCAAGGCACAGGCCAAGAAACUCGAUAGAAGUUUGGAUCAGGAGAAGAAAAAGAUUGAAGAACUGGAGAAGGUUCCCGAAGAGAGUGAGAAGCACAUCGCUGAUCUGAAGAACAACUUGGAGAAGAUCGAGAAAGAGAGAGUAAAGGAAGAGAAGAAAGUGGAGGAGGUCAUGGCUAACAUGAAGAUUGAAACUAAGGGUUUACAAGAAGAAAAAGAGGCAAAGGAGAAGGACCUACUGGGGCUUCAGAAAGGAGUCAAUGAAACUAAAUCAAAGUUCAAUGUAGCCCAGUCUGAGUUGGAUAUCAUCCUCAGCAACCAGCAGAGUGAAGAGAAUAAACUAAGGGAGACCAAGCGCAAUCUGGAGAAGGUCACAACAACACUAAAGGAGAGAAAGACUGGGAUGCAGGGGCUUGAGAAGAAAGUGCCAGAAGAUACCCGGGCGCUUGAACGAGCCAAGAAAGAUCUUGCCGCUUCCUCUGCCGCUGAGGAAAAGAUCACGAAUGAAGUGAGGAAUCUGCGGUUGAAGUUGGAGGAGGCAAGAAGCUCGAUGCAGGCAGCCAGGAGCAAGGGACGAGUCAUUGAUGCCUUGAUGGAACAGAAACGCCUUGGAAAGAUUAAGGGAAUAUAUGGACGAUUGGGUGACCUUGGUGCCAUUGAUGACAAGUAUGAUUGCGCAAUCUCCACCGCCUGUGGUCCCCUUGACAACAUUGUUUGUGACAACAUGAACACAGCCCAGCAAUGUGUCCAGUUCAUCAAAAAGAAUAACAUCGGCAUUGUGACGUGCAUCGCCCUUGAUAAGAUGCAGCAGUGGAAGAGGAACAUGUCUCAGAAAAUUAAUACGCCAGAAAAUGUCCCUCGUCUGUUCGAUCUGGUGAAAGUCAAGGAUGAUGCUGUGCUGCCGGCAUUCUAUUUUGCUCUGCGAGACACAUUGGUGGCAAAGGACUUGGACCAGGCCUCGAGGAUAUCAUAUGGGAAGACAAGAUACAGGGUUGUCACUCUAGGAGGAGAACUCAUUGAUAUCUCAGGUACAAUGAGUGGUGGCAGUAAGAAAAAGAUCACAGGUAGAAUGGGUUCUGCGGUCAUGUGUGAAAUGGACCCCAAGGAGAUCGAGCAGACUGCAAACCAAUUGACUAAGAGUGCAGAGGAGGCGCAGGUAUGCCGAGAAAACAAGGCCAAGUUGGAAGAGACGGUGGCCAAACUACAAAAAGAAGUUAAUAACAUGAAACACAGCUUCCACAAGUUUGAGAUGGAUAUCAAGGCGAUGACAGAACAAGAGUCAAGUCUGACGGUGCAAUUGAAGGAGUGCGAGGAGAGAGUCAAGGCUGCGGCACCUGACCCGAAGAAACUCAAAGACAUGGAGAAGAAUGUGGCCGCGUUGAAGAAGGAUUACGACAAGGCUGCAGCUGCUGCCAAAACGAUUGAAGACGCCGUGAAGGAACUCCAUCACCAGAUUAUGGAUAUAGGUGGCGCUAAGUUGAAGGCUGUGCAAUCUCGUCUUGAUUCGAUCAAUCAUCAAGUUGAUACAGUGACAGGACAAAUUACCAAGGCCAACGUUGCUGUGAAAACUGCUGCUAGGAAUCUCAAGAAAUCGGAAGACAAAGUGGAGAGCAUAGAAACCGAAAUCAAAGAGAAUCGUGAAUUGAUUGAAAAGCUUCAGACACACUUCAAAGAGAUUGAGCAGGAGGCCAUGACAAUCAUGAAGAUCUAUGAGGAUGCACAGGCCGAGUUCAAGGUUGAAACGGAGAGUGUCGCCACUCUGACGGAGGAGAUCUCGGUCAUCGAGAAGGAAGAGGAAGAGCUACAGCUGUCAGCCCAUCAGGUGAACCAGGAGGUGCUGAGGUGGGAGACCCUGUGCAAGGAGAGUCACAACAAGAUCAGGUACUGGAAGAAAGAGUUGAAGCAACUGCAGCUGCAUACGAUUGAGGGUCGGGAGGAAGAGAAGAUGCCUGUGCUGACUGAGGAAGAAGUGAAGGCAAUUGACAAGGAGGAGCUGAAUUACAAGAUCACAUGUGAGGAAGCAAGGCUACAGAACAUGAAGCCAAAUAUGACAGCCAUUGCUGAGUAUAAGAAGAAGAAUGACACUUACCUGAAGCGGGUUCACGAACUUGACCAGAUUACGGAUCUGCGGGAUCAACAGCGGCGUAACUUUGAGAACCUGAGAAAGAGGCGGUUGGAUGAGUUCAUGACAGGCUUUGGUAUCAUCACCAAUAAGUUGAAGGAGAUGUACCAGAUGAUCACUCUAGGGGGAGAUGCCGAGUUGGAAUUGGUCGAUUCUUUGGAUCCAUUCUCCGAGGGGAUCGUGUUCAGUGUUCGUCCUCCCAAGAAGUCCUGGAAGAACAUCAGUAACCUCUCAGGAGGAGAGAAGACGCUGAGCUCCCUGGCGUUGGUGUUUGCCCUGCAUCACUACAAGCCGACACCACUCUAUGUCAUGGAUGAGAUCGAUGCAGCCCUUGACUUCAAGAAUGUCUCUAUCGUGGCAAACUAUAUCAAGGAAAGGACCAAGAAUGCUCAGUUCAUCAUCAUUUCUCUCCGCAAUAACAUGUUUGAACUGGCCGAUCGUCUGAUUGGUAUCUACAAGACUUAUAACUCUACCAAGUCAGUCACCAUCAAUCCGGCCAAACUGACCAUGCCGCUAGCUGAAGUCAAGGCUAACUAGAGACUUACAAUUUACCCAGCUGAACUGGCCGAGCCGUGCUCAGAUGGAAGAAGCAUGCAUGUUUCUUUUUUUCCUCAAAGACCAUCAGUACACCUCUCCAUGAAAAGGACAGCAUUUGUUAGUCCCUCUCCUAACGGGUGUCCUUUAGAAAGGUCUAUAUAAAAAGGCGUCCUUUAAAGAAAGGUGUCCUUUAUAGAAAGGCGUCCUUUAUAGAAAGGUGUCCUUUAAAGAAAGGUUAUACUGUGUAUGCUGUUUUGAUUAUACUUGUUUGAAUGAUUGUGGUAUGUAGAGCGUCAGCAUAUGUUGAAUCUUGUGAAUUAUGUGUGUGAAUAGUGUGUAUAAAAAUGUACCUACAUGUAGCCGAUUAUUAAUUAUGAUGCAGAAGAAUGGAUGAAUUGUUUCUUGUGUUACUGUACUCUUCCCAGUCGUCUUGUAAGGUAUUCAAACUUUGAAAAGGCCAUCAUAAUCAAGCUUGGAAGUGUACAUAAAGUUAGAUGGCACCACCGUAUUCUUUGUAGAUAGACCACUUUUGUAUAAUCAGUUUGUAUGCAAUGUAAAAAUUACUAGAUGAUUCAACAAAAU